AGCCGCAGUCGCAGCCGGAGCCGGAGCGGGAGGGAGCCAGCUGCGAGCUCUCUGCCCGCAGCCUCCUCCAGCCAGCUCCCCGCGCUCGGGGAAGCAGGAGCCGAGGUCGCUGCUCCGUUCCGACGCGACUGGACCUCCGUCCCUCCCUCCCCCGGCAAGGGCACCGAAGGGCUAGGGGAGGGAGGGGACGGCGGAGAGAGAGCCCCUGCCCCGCGCUGCCCACCCUAUCCACCUCGCCCCGCGCUGCCCACCCUCCCUGCGCUGCCCACCCUGCCAGACCUGCCCUGCCCUUGGCCGCUCUGCUCCCCAGCCCGCUUCUCUCCCCCUGCGCUGUCCGCAGCAGCACCGAGAGGGAUGCGCGCCGCACUCCUGGUGGCUUUGCUGCUGGGCGGCCUCUGCAGCUGGGAGCUGGCUGUCGGGGAGCCCGGGCCACCAUGCCAGGCUCCGCAGCAGUGGGAAGGACGUCAGGUGCGCUACGAGCACAGCAGCGGCCGCAGCACCCGGGCCCUGCUCACCUACGAUGGACCCCAGCAGCGCAUCCGCCUGCUGGAGGAGAGGAAGGCUCUCAUCCCCUGCAAGAAGUAG